UGGUUUCUGGUACAGUUAUCGAUAAUUUUCGUUAUCUGCAAUCAUUAUUACUACAUUCAAUUAAUUUUGAAUAUUUUGAGUAGAGAGUGCCGUACUCUUAAUUGUUGAUCUUAACACAUGAAUAGCAAUUUUCAAAAAGAAAAAUGAAUAAACAUCAUUCACACGAAUUGAGUGAACAUCCAGAGGUUCAAUGGGCUCUUGAGCUGCUCAAGCCAGAUCCUACGUAUGAGCCCAGUUUUCUGUCAAAGUACUCGCCGGAAAUAAUAUUUAUCCUAGGCGGCUUCGCAUAUCCGUCUUUGGCAAAUGUAUUAUCCAGUAAGCCGUUCUACGCCAGAAUACAGAAGCAUAUUAUGUUCGUAGCAGGGGGAUACAUUGUGUCACAAUUUGCAAAGAAACUUGUUGACAAUUAUCAAGCGGAACGUGAUACAAAAUUGAGAGAUUACAUUAUACGACAUCCAGAACUUUUUCCUGAGCCAGAACGUAUAAAGUAUAACCAAGUGUUGGAGGCGUGGACCCCAAUACGUUAAUUAUUGAAAACUGUUAGAGUUGAUUGUACCAUGUUGAUUGCAUAUCCUUUGCAAUGCAGACAGACAGUGCAGUUCAAUGCAAUGAAUGCAAAUGUAGACAUAUUGUGUAUAUAUUUUAAAAUAUAUAUCUAUAUAUAUAAAAUACAUAAUAUUUCAGCUAACGCGAAAAUAACACAUUGUUUUUAUGAAGUAAGAUAAAUAAGUAAAUGUUGUAUAUAAGAAAAAUUAUUUCAAAAUUGUUGCU